CUUUCUUUUUUUUUUUAAACUUUCCAUUUCUCUCGCCUCUCUUCCGAGUCUUCUCCCAUCUUCGCUCCAUCUGUUUCCGAAGACCGCCGGCGAACUUCGUGGCGGUUUUCCGACACUGCUGUCUUCUCCGACCGGUUGAGUGGAAAUCGGUACCAGGUCCGAGAGGAUUUUUUUAUUUUGGUUUCGAGAUGGCUCUCUUGUCCUCGAGCUCUCCUCUCCUCUCCAAUGGCGAGAGCUGGAGCUAGGUCCCCGAAUCGGACGGUCGAGAGGUCUCCAUCUGGCCCUUGAACUACUGAUCAAGCGCCGAGAUUUCUAGGGUUUCGUGGGGUUUAUCUAUGCAUGGAAGGGAGGGAAGGAGACACGCCUGCUGCGGUGGCGGUUACGACGGCGGCGGUGGAGACCGCUGGGAGCUUCCCGCCGUCGGCGGCGCCGAUGACGGCGAAGACGGAGGAGUCUGGCCAGGGCGGCGCGACGGCUGCCGCUGUUCCGGCGGCGGAGGUCCCGAGGCCGCCUCCGGCGGCGGUACCCGUGGGGCCGGCGUCCGUGAGCCUGGCGACGCCGGUGAUGAAGAAGAAGCGGGGGAGGCCGAGGAAGUACGGGCCUGACGGGAGCUUGUUGCUGCCGCUGAACCCGGUGCCGAUCUCGGCCUCGGUGCCGGCGGGGGAGUACCAGACCGUGGCGGCGGUGGGGGCGGCGAUGAAGCGGGGUAGAGGGCGGCCAGGGGGUUUUGUUAGCAAGCAACAGUAUGGGUUUGAGUUAGAGUCUUCAGGUGAAAUGGUUGCAUGCUCUGCUGGUGCAAAUUUCACACCUCAUGUCAUCACUGUUGCAGCUGGCGAGGAUGUUACUAUGAAGAUCAUAUCAUUUUCUCAACAAGGGCCUCAGGCUAUUUGUAUUCUAUCUGCUAAUGGCAUCAUAUCAAAUGUUACACUUCGUCAACCUGAUUCCUCUGGUGGUACACUGACUUACGAGGGCCGCUUUGAGUUGCUCUCCUUAUCAGGAUCAUUCAUGCCGACCGAGAAUGGAGGAACUAGGAGUCGAUCUGGUGGGAUGAGUGUUUCUCUGGCAAGCCCAGAUGGUCGUGUUGUUGGGGGAGGAGUUGCUGGUCUACUCGUGGCUGCUAGUCCUGUGCAGGUUGUGGUGGGAAGCUUUUUGCCAGGCUACAAGCUGGAGCAGAAAACCAAGAAGCCAAAAUUAGCGACUUUCACUGUGUCAACGCCAACAGCUGCAGUUCCGAUUUCCAGCAUAGAGAUGGAGGCGGCGUAUGGUACUGUGCAAGGGCAGCGGAGCUCAGCAACCCCAAAAACAAAGCUUGCGACCUCCUCCUUUAGGGGAGAAAGCUGGUCUGCUUCUCUACAGUCAACACCUGAGACAAGGAGCUCCACAACAGAUAUUAACGUGUCUUUACCUGGAGGGUGAAGUUAUUCAGAAAGUCAGUUUGUUGCGCACCUCCGAGGCAUCUUACUGACCAGAAGUAGAUACCCUUUUUGUAACAGCUGCCUUCCCAUGUGUUGCAAUUGAUGAUUGGAACUCACCUUCUCUAACUUGUCUUGUAGGCUUGUUUGCAUGCAUUUAGUUUUUUUCAUCAAGGGAUGAACUUUAAUAUAUGGAUUCUGUAGGCUUCUCCAGAACUGUAACUUUGUUGACUCUAUCCUUUGUUGUUGUCUAGCUUGGUUGAUAUUUAUAUUUGUAACACCUGGUUUUCAUUCAGUGGUGUUUAAAUACAAUCAUUUGUAGUGUUGGUGAACUUCAUAAUGAUGGAUUCUUGAUUCUAUCA